AGCCUUAAUUUUCACCGUCCUUGGCCAUGCAGUGUGACUGGGGUUUCCCCCCCACCCCUACUAUUUAGGCACUUUUAAAUGAAGAAACGACCGUUUCAGUUUCCUGCAACUAAAACAUGUCAUGUAUCCAGAGAAACUGGGUUGUAAACUUUUCGUUUUGGGUUCACCUCCUUAAUGCCCAGGCGUUUUGCUAUGCUAGAAAUCCUCUACCCGGGAGAUUUGUCUUUCCAGACAAGAAGCAAGAUCAAUUUGUUAAAACGUUGCAAGACUACCAAGUGGUUAGCCCAGAAAGAGUUGGUGCAGAUGGACAUUUUCUUUCCUACCAUUUACAUCACCAUACUUCAAACUUCAGAGGGAAAAGAGACUCCAGGAGAAGGGACAGUAAAGUAUAUUAUAAAAUUAGGCACAGAAAGAAGGAUCUCUUCUUCAGCUUAACUCUUCACCAAGAAUUACUGUCCAAUAAUUACGUUCUGGAAAAACGCUAUGGCAACUAUCUUGAUGCUAAGGUCAUACCAAGUGUAGACACGUCAUGUCACCUUCUUGGGACGGUCAUGGAUUCUGAUUCCAGGAAUGGAAAGGCAGUGAUCAGUACUUGCAAUGGGCUAACUGGUUACUUCCACUUGCCUGAUGGAGACUACUUCAUUGAACCAGUGAAGAAAUAUGAAUCAAAAGAAGGGGCGCAUCCACAUAUAAUCUACAAGAGAAAUGUCAUCCAGAAGACUCUGCGGAAACAGCGGGACACCUGGACAGAGAAGCAGUGGAAUUGCGGGGUGAAUGAAACGUCAAUUUUUUUCAAACAGCAAGAACUUCGAAGGGAGAAGUGGGAAAGGAACCGUGUGACGCCAAGAACAACCUACCGACGUUCUGUCAGUAGAGAACGAUGGGUGGAGACUUUGGUGGUUGCUGACAGUAAAAUGAUUGAAUACCAUGGAAGUGAAAAUGUGGAAUCCUAUAUCCUCACCAUCAUAAAUAUGGUGGCAGGAUUAUUCCAUGAUCCGAGCAUUGGCAACGCAAUCCAUAUCAUGCUUGUUCGGCUUAUACUUCUUGAAGAAGAAGAGCAAGGGCUGAAAAUCAUCCAUCAUGCAGAUAAGACUCUAGCCAGCUUUUGUAAAUGGCAGAAGAGUAUCAACCCGAAAUUGGAUACAAACCCACUUCACCAUGACGUAGCAGUACUUCUUACCAGAAAAGACAUUUGUGCUGGCAUGAAUCAACCCUGCGAAACCUUAGGCUUGUCCCAUCUCUCGGGAAUGUGUCAACCACAUCGGAGCUGUAACAUCAAUGAAGACUCUGGCCUGCCUUUGGCAUUCACGAUUGCCCAUGAACUUGGACACAGUUUUGGUAUCCAGCAUGAUGGCAAAGAAAAUGACUGCGAACCAGUGGGAAGACGCCCAUACCUUAUGUCUCGGCAGCUUCAGUAUGAUCCUACGCCACUUACCUGGUCGCGAUGCAGCAAGGAAUACAUCACCCGUUUCUUAGACCACGGAUGGGGGUUUUGCCUGGAUGAUGUCCCAGAGAAGAAAGAUGUAAAGCCACCAUUCAUUGCUCCUGGAGUCAUUUAUGAUGUUCAUCACCAGUGCCAGUUACAGUAUGGACCCAAUGCGACAUUCUGUGAUCAAGUGGACAAUAUUUGCCAGACACUGUGGUGCUUUGUGAAGGGUUCCUGCCAUUCAAAACUGGAUGCUGCAGCAGAUGGAACAAGAUGUGGGGAGAAUAAGUGGUGCUUCACAGGUGAAUGCAUAACAGUGGGCAAGAGCCCUGAAGCAGUUAAUGGUGCAUGGGGGUCCUGGUCAUCCUGGUCACACUGUACCCAGACGUGUGGAGCUGGUGUUCAGGCAGCUGAAAGACACUGCAAUAACCCAGAACCACAGUUUGGAGGGAAGUAUUGCACUGGUGAGAGAAAGCGCUAUCGUAUGUGCAAUGUUAAAGAAUGCCAAAAGACUAUGCCAAAUUUUCGUCAAAUGCAGUGCAGCGAGUUUGAUACGGUCGCCUACAAAAAUGAAUUCUACCAAUGGAUUCCAGUUUAUAACAAUGAUAAUCCCUGUGAGCUGCAAUGCCGCCCUACAAACCACCACUUUUCAGACAAGAUGUUAGAUGCUGUAAUUGAUGGUACACCUUGCUUUGAAGGAAACAACAACAGAGACGUCUGCAUUAAUGGCAUGUGUAAGACUGUUGGCUGUGAUUAUGAGAUUAAUUCCAAUGCAACUGAAGAUCAAUGUGGAGUCUGCUUAGGAGAUGGAUCUUCUUGUCAAACAGUGAAGAUAAUAUUCAAUCAGAGUGAAGGAUUAGGUUAUGUUGACAUUGGCCUGAUUCCCAAAGGCGCAAGACACAUCAAGGUGGUUGAAGUGUCAGAAGCAGGGAAUUUCCUUGCUCUGCGAAGUGAAGACCCUCAGAAGUAUUACCUAAAUGGAGGAUUUAUGAUUCAGUGGAAUGGAGAUUACAAAGUGGCAGGAACAAUAUUUCAGUAUGGAAGAAAAGGAGAUUUGGAAAACCUCACUGCUUCAGGACCCACAAAUGAAUCCUUGUGGUUACAGCUCCUUUUUCAGGAGAAUAACCCUGGAAUAAAAUAUGAAUACACUGUCCGCAAAGACUCCCACUUGGAGAACGAAGUGGAGGAGCCUGAAUACUUUUGGAAAUAUGGAAGCUGGACAAGUUGCAGCGUAACUUGUGGCAGUGGGUUUCAAAGACAGAUUGCCCACUGUAUGAAAAAGGGGAAGAGUGUGGUGAAAAACUUGUUUUGUGAUCCAGAAACACAGCCCAAGGCAAAACAAAAAAAAUGCAUUGAAAAGGAUUGUCCACCAAGAUGGUGGGCAGGGGAAUGGCAGCAGUGUUCCACCACCUGUGGCCCCACAGGAGAAAAGAAGCGCACUGUCCUUUGUAUCCAGACAGUGGGAUUUGAUGAGCAGGCUUUGCCGGCAGAGGCGUGCCAGCAUCUGCUAAAACCAAAGACUCGACUCUCAUGUAAUAGGGAUACCUUGUGCCCAUCUGACUGGACUGUAAGCAACUGGACUGAGUGUACAGUUACCUGUGGUGGAGGAGUACGUACUCGUUAUGUCACUUGUACCAAAAAUAAUGGAGAACCCUGUGAUGUUUUGAAGAAACCCCACUCUAAAGCUCUGUGUGGUCUACAGCAAUGCCUAUCCACCCAAAGAUUGCUGAUGACUCAUUUCAAGUUCCAUAAUGGAAAGAUCAUUAGAAGAAUGGGGGCUACUCCCAGAAGAGGACCUUCAAAAAAAUUGGCCACCCCAGAACCAUGGCCAAGAAUCUAUUCAACAAUAAUACCCAGGCUCAAAAACAUUACUUUGAUACCCACUUCCUUUAGCCUUGCAAAUUCUUCUCAAAACAAAGACUUGGAAGUAAAAAUGUUACAAAACAAUUCCACAGACUCAAACAUACCCAAUAAUGUCUCCUGUGUAACUAGUGACAACAGCUUAUUGCAAAACAGCACUCAUGGACCUAUCAUAACUGAUUCACAUGUUACAAAUGCUGGGAACAUAUCUUCAGAAGGUAGCUCCAUAAACAAGGACUCCUUUACCAUUGACCCCAUGUAUAACCCAAAGGGUAAUUAUUUAACUGAAGCAUAUGACACAAUACCCAACAGUACUGAAGGAGAUAUAAAAGACAACAUCCAGACUGAAAGAUCAACAGAAUCUUUCCUUACAUUCACCACAAGCAAGGUCUCAAGAAUCUCACAUACAGAUGAUCAGCCUGAUAAUUUCAGCCAAUUUUCUGUUACUCCAGCAAGAGGAAUUGAGGUUUCAUUGACGACAGAUCUCAGAGGUCUUCAUGUACAAAUAAAUCCACCUGUGACAGCAGAUCCUGUUACAGAACAACCAACACUAUUAGAAGAUACAUCAGAAGAGAAAUCUGCAAACACAACCCCAUCAAAGUCCUCUUUCAGUGAAAUAUCUCCUUGGCCCACAGAAAGUCCAUUUGUGCAAGACACCACUAUACCAAAGAACAGUGAGAAUGUUUUUAAAACAAUGUUAAUAAAUGACUCUGAUUCAGAAAACUUCAGAAACCUCCAUAUUGAUGCCUAUUGGUUGGUGGGAAACUGGAGUGAGUGCUCUACCACAUGUGGUGUUGGAGCCUUUUGGAGACCAGUGGAAUGCAACACCAGGAAUGAGUCUGACUGCCAGCACAUUAAAAAACCCGAUCCAGCCAGGAGAUGCUAUCUUCGGCCAUGUGCUCAGUGGAGAGCCGGAGACUGGAGCAAGUGCUCCUCCAGCUGUGGGGGUGGUUUCAAGACCCGCGAUGCGUAUUGCAUUGAUGUGCGAGAGAAGAGAAUUCUGAGGCCGUUCCACUGCCAGGUACUGCAAAGCCAGCUGGUACUGAACAUGAGCUGUAACGUGGAUCCUUGCUUGGCAUGGCACACAGAGCCUUGGAAUGAGUGCUCAGUUUCAUGUGGAGGGGGCACUCAGAAAAGAGCAGUGCAGUGCAUCAGCGUGGAUGACCGUGCAACCAACGCAGAGAACUGGUGUGAGCAGGAGACCAAGCCUCCAGAUUCUCAGAAAUGCAACCUACAAAAGUGUGUGAAAAGUACUGCUUCAUUCUGCAGCAAGGACAGACUAUCGGCGAAUUUCUGUGAGAGAGUGCGAGAUAUUGGCAAAUGUUCUGCACCGUCAGUGUGGAAUCAGUGCUGCUCCACAUGCAAGAGAUUCUUGGCUGCUAACAAAAUGGCACGUGAGAAUCAACCAAGCUUGAAACGUAACCCAAAUGAAAACUAGACUUGCUAAGGUGGAAUUCAGAAAUAAAGAAAACUCUUCUACCAUUUCCACCAUGGUCUAUGGACCUAUAACUCAGUGGCUUUAAACUUUUCCAGAAGCAAGAUUAGCCUGUAGAAACAUUGGACUCAUUAUUUUUGUAUGUUCUAUAGAAUAUCCUUAUUUUUACUGUGUCUGUCUAUAGUUCCUUUAAUGUGUCAUUCAUUUUCCUUCCCUGGAUCUUUCCCUGCUGGAUCUUUCUGGCCCAAUUUAAAUCAGGUUUUCUUGCUUUAAUGGCAACACCACUUAAAGGCCUUUAUGCUGAUUCAGCAAGAGAAUUCUACAGGAAAUGGAGAAAGAUUUUGAUAUAUGCAAGUAUAGAUCGUAUUCUGUAUAAAAACACUCAUCUAGGUCCUGUUGGAUGGAUACUGAGACUCAUUAAUGUGCAUCACGAGUUAGCAUUGUCAUCCAUUGACUUAAAUGUCACUGUUUCACAAAACAGUGGUUUUUGAAGCUAAGGUGGUAGAACCUGAGGUCCUCCAGAUGUUUUUGAACUCAACCAGCAUGGCUUAUGCUAAAAAAAUAUGGGAUGGUGAUCAAACAAUACCAUCCCUUCCUAGGAUUGUCUUUUCUUAUGAAAUUCUAUAUGUGAAGAAUUGUAAAAGCUCCCUUGUUUGUGUACAACAGAUUUAUACCUCUCAGUGAAUCAGUUUUGUUCUUCAGUAUGGUGCUACUAUACUGUGGUGCUAAGACCUAUAUGGCAUCUAAACAUUCUUGCUACAGCUGGGUUCAAGGAAGAUGCUAAGCCAAAGCCAAGCAAGUAAUACUUUGCCUCAUCGCAAUGGAUGAAUUCAACCAUUACAGUUUAUAAUCAUGGAGUUCUUGGCUUAGCACUUCCUGUCAACCUAGCUAAUUGUGGUGUAUUAAACAAACUAUGGUUAAAUAAAUCAUGGCUUAAGGCAGUUUGUGAAACCAGUUAUUGUAUAAAUGAAUGGCUGAUCUAAUCUGCAUCUGCCUUGAAAUUAUACUUCAGCAUGGUGUUGCUGUGCAAUGCCUGCUGUAUUGCUUUUUCAAGUAUGAUUUGAUAUAUUUUGCUAAAACUGCUUUAAUCUGUAGAAUACUGAAAGUUGUAUGGCCCCUUGUGAGACUAUAAAGUGUGUCUGGUUCUUUGAUGCUGGCAAGAGUAUAACUGGAUUUCUACAUGAAAGGCUGUAUUGUGUAUGGCCUUGGUUC